AUGCAAUCCAGAAGAUCAAGAACCUCAAUUUCCAUCUCGCAACAGAGAAUGUUGUCUCAUUCCAUGACCGGUCUUUCGCUCGAACAGCAAAAAAUGCUGUACUACGUCGGUGUAGACGUCGGGACAGGCUCAGCAAGAGCCUGUAUUAUCGAUAGUAUGGGUAACAUUCUGUCGUUGGCCGAAAGGCCCAUUCAAAGACAGCAAUUGAAACCCAAUUUUAUCACACAGUCGUCGCAGGAGAUCUGGCAAUCUGUGUGUCACUGUGUGAAAUCCGUGGUGCGGGACUCCGGGGUGCCCAGCGAAAAAAUCCACGGUAUCGGGUUCGAUGCCACCUGCUCGCUCGUGGUGGUGGAAGAAAAGUCCAACAAGGAAGUGGCUGUUGGGCCGGACUUCAGCAACACCGACCAGAACAUCAUUCUGUGGAUGGACCAUCGUGCCAUCGAAGAAACUGCAGAAAUCAAUGCCACGGGCGACAAGUGUCUCAAGUACGUCGGGGGCCAAAUGUCCGUGGAAAUGGAAAUUCCCAAGAUCAAGUGGCUCAAGGGCCAUCUCCCAGACAACAAGUUUGCAGAAUGCAAGUUUUUCGACCUCGCAGACUACUUGACGUUCAAGGCGUCCGGCAAAGAAACCCGCAGUUUCUGCUCCACAGCUUGCAAACAAGGUCUUUUGCCCGUAGGCGUGGAGGGCUCCACUGAAGGUUGGUCCCGCGAUUUCUUCCACCAAAUCGGUCUCGAUGAGUUGGUCGAAGACGACUACCGUAGAAUCGGAGGCUCCGUCAAGAACGACAACAAGGGUAAGAACUUCCUAAGUGCCGGCGAGUUCAUCGGUGCCAUCGACGAGAGUGUAGCCGAAGAACUGGGUCUUUCCAACCAUUGUGUGGUUGGCUCCGGUGUCAUCGAUGCCUACGCUGGCUGGGUCGGCACAGUAGCCGCCAGAACCGAUGUUUCGCUGCCUGCAUUGGCGAAAAGCGACCGUGAAAAAGUCGGCAUCGACCGCGCCACCGGUCGUCUUGCUGCCGUGGCAGGUACCUCUACGUGUCACAUCGCCAUGUCUCGCGACCCAGUUUUUGUUGACGGUGUAUGGGGACCUUACAGAGACGUCAUGGCCAACAAGUUUUGGUGUGCCGAAGGUGGCCAAAGUUGCACAGGUGCUUUGCUAGCCCACGUCUUGACCACUCAUCCCGCAUACACGGAGUUGUCGCAGCUCGCCGACGCUGCCAGCGUUUCUAAAUUUGACUAUUUGAAUUCCAGACUGGAAAGUUUAGCUCAUCAGAACAAGGCUCGUUCAGUGGUUCACCUGGCGAAGCAUCUGUUCUUCUACGGUGACUAUCACGGUAACAGAUCUCCGAUUGCCGACUCCUCCAUGCGUGCUGCCAUCAUCGGCCAAUCUAUGGAUAAUUCGAUUGAUGAUUUGGCACUUAUGUAUUUGGGUGCUUGUGAGUUUAUUGCCCAACAAACCAGACAAAUUGUCGAGAAAAUGACUGUCUCGGGUCACAACCUGUCAACCAUUUUCAUGUCUGGUGGCCAGUGUCGUAACGGUCUGCUGAUGAGACUAUUGGCUGACUGCACAGGUCUACCGAUCGUUAUUCCAAGAUACAUCGAUGCUGCCGUUGUGUUUGGCUCCGCACUACUUGGUGCCGUGGCUAGUGAAAGUUUCGACAAGAGCGGGGCCAAGUCUGCCAUUUCAGCGAGCCGCAAGUCCUCCAUAGCGGGGGACCUAUCCCAGCACAACCCUAAGAAUAGCCUUGCGAAAUUCGGAGGUAUUGGCGGUGACGAUUUGCCGUCUCCUUACACCGCCCCUUCUGCUACCGCCAGUACUUCGCAGAUUGCCACUGUGGGCUUCCCAUUCCCUGCCCCAGAUGACGUCCAGGAGGAACAAUUCGACGAAGAUGAGGAAAGUGGAUCUGAGCUGAACUUCAAGGCCCAAUCUAAAUGGAAGAAAGAUAUGGAAGAUCGUAUGAAGGGUAGAUCCUCGGAUAACGGAGACACCAUGUGGAACGUUAUGUACACCAUGACCGGCAGCGGUAAGGUUGUGCAGCCUUGUGCCGAGAGCCAUCCAGACCGCGUGCUGUUGAACACGAAGUACAAGAUUUUCCUCGAUAUGGCGGACACUCAAAGGAAGUACAGACAGAUGGUGGAUGCAGUCGAGUAA